AUGGCCCUCGGUCACGAAGCCGCCGCAUACAAUACCCCUUCGCCUCCGGCACUCUUAACACAAGCAGACCACCUACCUGCACUAACAUCAUCGCCCAAACCCCUCACCAUGGCAUCGCAAGAAGAUACAUCUCAAGAAGAUACAUCGCAAGGAGAUACAUUGCAAGGAGAUACAUCGCAAGGAGAUACAUUGCAAGGAGAUACAUCGCAAGGAGAUACAUUGCAAGGAGAUACAUCGCAAGGAGAUACAUCGCAAGGAGAUACAUUGCAAGGAGAUACAUCGCAAGGAGAUACAUUGCAAGGAGAUACAUCGCAAGGAGAUACAUUGCAAGGAGAUACAUCGCAAGGAGAUACAUCGCAAGGAGAUACAUUGCAAGGAGAUACAUCGCAAGGAGAUACAUUGCAAGGAGAUACAUCGCAAGGAGAUACAUUGCAAGGAGAUACAUCGCAAGGAGAUACAUCGCAAGGAGAUACAUUGCAAGGAGAUACAUCGCAAGGAGAUACAUUGCAAGGAGAUACAUCGCAAGGAGAUACAUUGCAAGGAGAUACAUCGCAAGGAGAUACAUCGCAAGGAGAUACAUUGCAAGGAGAUACAUCGCAAGGAGAUACAUCGCAAGGAGAUACAUUGCAAGGAGAUACAUCGCAAGGAGAUACAUUGCAAGGAGAUACAUCGCAAGGAGAUACAUCGCAAGGAGAUACAUCGCAAGGAGAUACAUCGCAAGGAGAUACAUCGCAAGGAGAUACAUCGCAAGGAGAUACAUCGCAAGGAGAUACAUCGCAAGGAGAUACAUCGCAAGGAGAUACAUUGCAAGGAGAUACAUCGCAAGGAGAUAAAUUGCAAGGAGAUACAUCGCAAGAAGAUACAUCGCAAGGAGAUACAUUGCAAGGAGAUACAUCGCAAGGAGAUACAUCGCAAGGAGAUAAAUUGCAAGGAGAUACAUCGCAAGAAGAUACAUCGCAAGGAGAUACAUUGCAAGGAGAUACAUCGCAAGGAGAUACAUCGCAAGGAGAUACAUCGGAGAAGAAUCCCCGGGUCUGUCUCCUCGUAUGCGGUUUUGCCGCUAUCGGAAAGACGUAUCUUGCCGAAAAUAAUCUCGAUGGAUUGUGCGGUUACAAGAUUGUGGAUCUGGACUCAUCCAACUAUUCCAAAGACGCGAUUGGAGAGCCAAGAGAGGACUUCAAGGAUGCCUACUCGAACGCAUGGCUCAAAAUCAUGGACGAAAACAAAGACUCAAACGUAAUCAUCCUUCUUUCGACUCACCUGCAAACACGGGAAGGACUCGUCCAAAACAAGAUGAAAUAUACCUUGGUUCAUCCGCCUAGGGAAGCGAAAGUCGAGUGGCUCAGACGCAUGAAGUCCCGAAAUUCAGAUGAUAGUCUGAUCGAACACUUCCGAGACAAUUGGGACGCCAUGAUAGACAGCUGCGGGGAACAAGAUGAUUAUGCAACGACACUUGUUCUCGGUCAAAAUGAGUAUUUAUCUGAUGUGAUGAAGAUUUUGAUCCACCUCAACAAGCCAACCGAAGGCACCAAUUAA